UAAAAAGCAUCUGGGUAGAGAGAGAGGGAGUGCACAUAAGAAGACAAAGAAAGAGAGGGGCACGGUAGUCAGUUCAGAGAUUAAAGUUUAAUUUUUGGUGGCACUAACAUUUAGUGUCGUGGCAUUAUCAUUAACCCCAGAACAACUGCAGUUCCGAAAACUAGAAUACAAUCCCCAACUAGAAAUAGAACUGAUCUGCUCCGGCAACAAUGAACUAGGCCUCCUCCGCUGCCAAGAUAUCAGACAAUCCGUUUGUACGGCAAAAGAAUAAGCUUUAUACAUUGCAUUUUGGCUGUCAUUUUGUCUAUGCAACUGCCGCUAAAUUGGCUGAUUGUGAGGGGCUAUAUAAAUGAGAGUAUGCAGUGGAUGGCGCCGAUUCCUUUUAUGCCUUCCAAUCAUUUUCUUCUUUCCCCAUAUUUUUUCUGUUUUAAAAUUGCACCAAACUUCAACCGUGGAAGACCUUCCCACCAAACAUAAGAAGUUUGAUCAUCUUGUACUUGGACCUGCUGCCGGUGAAGGUUUGCAUGACCGUCUGCAAUGCCAAGGAAUCAAAGCUCUUAACAAGACCCAUUUUUCCGCUUCUGUUGGCACUUCCAAUUCUAGAGAGAACGUUGCCUUUGUCACGGUUUUCACCACUUAUAAUACCUCCAUUGAUAGGCCAAUCAAUGUUGAAUCAAGAGACAUGGUUACUGUUGGCAACAUUUCAUACAAUAAAGUGCAGAGAUCAAUGGCCAUUUUGGAUGUCUUUAUUAACUUCAUCCAGAUGAUGAUGCCCCAGAGCAACAUAAUAAUUCUUACUGACCCAGCAUCUAAGCUUCCGGUCCACAGAAAUAGGGUCACCGUAUACCCGAUUCAAGGCGAAUAUUCGCGAGACAAGUUGAUGCUUCAAAGAAUCAGGUCUUACAUUGCCUUUCUAGAAACAAGGCUUGAAGAGCAUUUUCAGCGGCAGGGCGAGAUUAGUCAUUACAUCUUUACCGAUUCAGAUGUGGCAGUCGUUGAUGACCUAGGACAGAUAUUUAACAACCACCUUAAUUUCCAUCUGGUUCUCACAUUCCGGAACAACAAAGAUCAACCUCUGAAUUCAGGAUUUAUAGCUGUGAGAGGCACCCCUGAUGGAAUUCGAAGGGGAAAGGUUUUCUUACAAGAAGUAUUGAAAGUAUACAGCUCCAAGUAUAUGAAGGCUUCUCGAAUGCUUGGUGACCAACUGGCUCUUGCCUGGGUUGUAAAAUCCAAUCCUUCUUUUGAUGCAAAAAGGUUCACUAAACCACUAGCGUUUCUCGAGGAGAUUGGGGGUGCUUCAGUGCUUUUCUUACCGUGUGCUAUUUACAACUGGACACCACCGGAAGGUGCAGGUCAAUUUCAUGGGAUGCCCUUGGAUGUGAAGGUUGUUCAUUUCAAGGGGUCCAGGAAACGUCUUAUGCUCGAGUCUUGGAACUUCUUGAAUUCAUCUUCCUCUGACAUUUCGGAUAUGUUAUGCCUCAUCUUAAAGAGUGGGAGAACAAAAUAUGAUUUUUGAAUUCAAUUUUGCACGGUUUAUUGCUCAGGGUCUGCAUCAAGUUCUGUAGAUUCCAUGGAUGAAACAACUCAAUGCACACAUGACACAUGUAACUAGCCAGUAGUUUAUUGUUCGUAGUAUCAGCCUGUGAGGCUAUUACUUACUAUAAUGUCUAGCGGCACCCUAAUAUCAGUUUAUUCUUUGAUAA